UCUCUCUUCCCGCUGCUCCGUUCCUCCCCUACCCGUGCGUUGGAAGGGACGCCUUGCGCCGGAUGGUGUCUAGAGGAUAGAUCUGUAGAAACUUUGCUCGGUUUCCUGCUGCUUUGAAGCUCCGUUCGGUUUUCGUAGGUUCCAGUGGGGAAUUGGUUCCCACGACGUGUUCUGGAUCUGCCUUUUUGCGUCUGACGAUGUCAACGACUUUGUUUGGGUGAGUACUCGUUUUCUUUUUCUUCUUUCUUUCUUUUUUUUUACACUGUUCCGUUCCUGCCUUAAUCGUCCGGUGGGAGGGUGGCGCACUGGACGGUGCUCUCGUCGCCAGCUGGCUAUCCAAGAGCGUCGAUCUGAGGUCAGAUCUGGCUGUUUCCCACUGCUUCGAAGCGCCAAUCGUUGUUCGUACGUUCGAGGGAAAUGGACCAACAGCAUGUUCUGGAUCGUAACUGUUGGGCAUUGAUGAUGUCGACGACUACGUUUAGUUUGAAGAACGUUGUUUAAAUUGAGGCAAAUGAAGGGGAGGGAUCAUUGCCUUGGGACAAGCACAAGCACGUUUAUGAUCUAAUGGAGAAUAACAAUUGGGCAGUUUGAGCAAAUUGCUUUGAGGAGCCCGUGCUGCAUAUCUUUCAGCUCAUGCUCGACUUCUGCACCUCGUGUUCAAGUUCUGCACUUCAUGCUCGGCCUCUGCAGCUCGUGGCUGACCUCGCUCAUUCUCAACCCCUGCACUUCGUGCUCAACCUCUGCAGCUUGUGUUUGAGCUCGGUAGCUCAUGCUUUUGAACUCAGCAGCUCGCAGCUCAUGUUCUUGCAGUUCGCUUCUCAUGCUCCUGCAAUUCCCAGCUCGUGUUGCAGCAUCUCGCACCUCGGACUUGUGCAAUUUGUAACUUGGACUUCUGCAAUUCGUAGCUCGUGCUCGAGCAAGACAUUUGUAGCAGCUCGUGCUCCAGCAUUUCGCAGCUCGUGCUCAAGCAAGAUGCUUGCAGCUCCUCAUUCUUUGCCGCUGCCGAGCUGGACUGACCGUUUGGUUGCUGUCGAGCUAGGCUGUUGUGCUGCUGCCGAGCUGGUGCGCUGCUUUGGGCUUUGGCGCUGCCGAGCUGGACCGUUUGGUUGCUGCCGAGCUGGACCGUUGUGCUGCUGCCGAGCUGGGCUGCUCUGCUGCUGCCGAGCUGGGCUGCUCUGCUGCUGCCAUCAAGCUGAGCUCAUGUUCUCACCGAGGGCGCCACGUUUAGGGUCCUUUGAACUUCUUCUCUAUGCGCUUAUGAUUCUACUGCAUAUCCAAACUUCCAUUGGAUUCAAUUCAACAACUGCUAAUGAUGAAACUAGGAGCAUCAAGAGCGAAAGAGAGGCGCUUCUCGCAUUUAAGCGAGGUCUGGUUGUCACAUAUGGCCGGCUUUCCUCAUGGGGCAAUGAAGAAGAGAAAAGGAAUUGUUGCAAAUGGGAAGGAGUUCAAUGUGACAACACAACUGGGCACAUCAUUGUGCUUGAUCUUGGUGAGUUUCAGUUAACAGGAAGCACCAAUUUGACUACUUCCCCAUUCCAAUCGUUGUUAAAAUUCAACAACAGCCUUGUUUUUCUCCAACUCACAAACAAUUCAUUUCAAGGUUUGAUUCAAGAAAAUCUCGGUCACAUGAUGUUAAAAUAUUCAUCACCGACUUAAGCUAAAAGGUGAAGAAGUAAAAGUCUUCUAGAAGCAUAUAUUUUACUAUAAAGUAAAUUGAAGCCACACAAGAAUAUAUGAUGCAGAGAAAGCCACGUUGCUUGUGUGUCUAGUUUUCUUUUGUAUGUAUGGUAAAUUAAAAACAAAAGAAUACUCUAGAAUAUGGACAACCGGUGUACAUCACUAACUUUUGUAAGUGAAAAGAAAAAUGAAAAAAAGAA